AAAGGAUUGCACAGUUCGUUAUUAGUCUAACAAGAACCAAAAGCAUGAAGUACCAAAAAUUAGUUGGUAUUGUCUUGGUGUUUGCUGUAUCUUUGGGAUAUUCCCAAGCAGAAAAAGAAAUUAAACUUGAAAUUGAACAAAAGAUUGCAGAUGGAGUUACUGCAGAAUGCACGGCCCAAAAUGUUACUGCCGUUAACGCAACAAAAGAUGCUAGUGACUUUCAACUGAGAGGCAUCUACACUUCUUAUGGAGAUUUAAAUCUUGGUUACGUAGGAAGAUACGACCAAUUGCUAUUCAAUAGGAUCUACUAUGCCAAUUACGGAGAACUAGUACUAAGAGUAUACAGUCCUUACUACAGAUUAUCAGCCAUUCGUAUCCACAAUUACCAUUAUGGCGGAUACAGCCCCAGCGUUUCUAUAUUGGAUGGAGCCGUUGGGUAUCAGCACGUGAUGAUAAGCAUGCGAUCUAUGAGCUAUAGCUACAACACGCCGUUCCAGUACUCAAUCCAGCUGUACGGAUUCUAGAAAAAUAUCCUCAAAACAGUUCUGCCCUUAGCGAUCAACAAAUGCUAGACUACCUUGGUCUUGGUAUUGCAGUUAAUAAAUAGUCUUGUCUUGGUCUUGCUACAAGACUCUUGCAAGUCUUGCAGCAGCUUGCUUUUUGUGCAAUCCAAGACCAAGACUGCAAGACCACGGCCAGUCAUCAGUAUCUGCGCUACAUGCAAUUAUACAGGGCGAGUCUUAAAUAAGUGCAAAUACUUUUAGUGGUAGUAUAUUUCGACACCAGAAACACGAUAAGGUUUUUUCGGAAAUUUUUUUUUGGAAAUUUUAGAAUUUUUUGAAAAAAAUUUUGGAUUUUUUUUUAGUUAAAAAACAUAAUUUCUUGAUAAUACGAUAACAUAAGUAAUAGAUUAAAUUUACAAGAAAAAAAACAGAAAAUAUCCAGUGGUUCUCAAAAUUUAAGCAAAAAAAUAUUUUUUUUUGGAAAUUUUCAAAGUAAAAUAGGUAACUCGGUUAUUUUGGACUUAUUUGAAAAACGGUAAAGAGAAAAUAUGUUUCUUUUAUCGAGAUCUACCAACUCUGAAAUAUAACACUUAUUUAAGACUCACAAAUAAUUACCAAUAUCAAAAAUGUCGACACUAUAUUUUCACUCAAUAACUAAUCCUAUAGAAAGCUUUUUACCAGGAAUCAUAUUUUUUGGUUAUUGUUUAUACAGAUUUGUUUACUGAUAAUUUAGCAACAAUAAAGUUAAUAAUUUUA